AUGGAGCCUCGAGCGUGUCUCACGGCACAACAGUGGAUUGCGGGGCGUGCGAGAUGCUACCAGCUCUUCACCCUGAACGUGCGCAGCGGGGCACUGUCUGUCUCCCCGGCGCCGAAUCUGACCGACAUGUUCGACAGCCUGCAGGAGGACAGACAUCGGGCCAGCAUUGUGGUGAACUGCACCAUUUGGGGCCACUUUGAAUGGCAAACUGGGCUGACUGUGACGCCUGUCACUGGCGCAAUCCAGAUCCAAGUGGAAGACGACACCUGUUGGAAGCAGGUGAUGACUCCACACGUGUGGUGGCUCCACAUGCAAGUCGAGGGCCGCUACGCAAGCCACGGGUCCUGCCGCGCUGCAUGCCGGAAGGCACCUGCCUGUGGAGUUUACAACUUCGAUUCCAACUGGGGGGGCGCCUGCUAUUUCCUGGCCGCCUGCGGCUCUCCGCAUGUGAGCGGCUGCCGAUGGGCCGAGGGUGCCUAUGAGAAGAUAGGAAACUGCAGCGUGGGGAGCACCUGCCUCAACCUCUCCGCCUCGCAGCCCGUGUGGUUCCUUGGAACGUUGGGCACGAUUGGUUCGACGUUUGCAGCGGAUUCGCCGGCUGCAACGCAUUUGGCACAACUUGGGAUUGCAUCUCCAGACUUUGCUGGGGACGCAGACUUUCAGGAGGAGGUAGAGAAAGGAGAAAUGGCAACUCCAGAACAGCUAGUGCAAGAAAUUGCAGCGCUGAGGCAAGAACUCGCGCGCCAAGCGCAGCAACACCAACAGGACUUGGAGCAAGUGAGAACAGAAAGUCAGCAGCGGACAAACGAGGCUACGCAAGCGGCCUUAGCUGCGCAAGGGCAGCUGGGCACGAUACCGAAUGUUGUCCGAGAGAUGGGACAAACAUUGCAGAAUGCAUUGAGAGAGCGAGACAAAGAACUGGUGGAGGCUAUGAGAAGCUCGUCGAGCGACAAAGGAAAGAUGGUGUUGGUAGACACAAAAGGGCUUGGAAAGCCGAGCAUGUUUUCGGGAGAUGCAGAACAGUAUCUUCCUUGGAGGCACAGAAUGACGGCAUAUGUGUGCUCAAUCUAUCCAGAGCUACGAGAAGUUCUGGAAUGGUGCGAAGAAAGAGAGAAAAGCAUUUCGUCGGAUGAGCUAUCGGAAGCUUUUGGCGAGAAGGCCGAUGAAAUAGAUCGAAUACCAAAGCUCUUCGACAAGUCAAUGGAGUUGUCGUCUGCAUUGCAGAUGGUGACUGCGAAAGAGCCGUUUGCGAUUGUCAUCAACUGCAACACGAACGGGUUUGAGGCUUGGCGAAGACUAGCUCGGAGGUAUGAUCCGGCUACAGCAUCCAGGAAAAGAUCCAUGCUCAAGUCGGUGAUCAACCCCCAGAAACAAAAGCUUGAACACCUGCCUCAAGCGAUCGAAGAAUGGCUUGAUGCAAUCGCAUCGUAUGAGAAAAGAAAGGAUGCUUCCGGAAAUCGAGGAAAGAUUCCAGAAGAGAUCAAGAUUGCAGCUUUGGAAUCCAUGUUGCCACAAGACUUGGAAGCUCAUGUGCAGUUGAACCAGUCGAAGUUUGCGGGUUUCGAAGACUUGCUUGAAGAAGUUACACGGUAUGUGGAACACCGCACGGGCAAGACUUUGAAAGCGUUUUCGACGACCCAAAUUGCUGGCAAAGAAGCCCUCGGCGACCCGAUGGAUGUUUCAUCUGUUGGGAAAGGCCUAGGCAAGCACCAGCAGAAAACGAAGAAAAUGCCGGGUUUCGGGGACCGCCUGCGAAAUGCGGGAAUAGACCCGGAACAGCUGGAAGGACUGAACGACGAUGAGGCACAAGAACUACAGGACGCAUUGCUUGAAAGCUUGGCGGCGCUCCAGGCUAGGAGAGCUAAAGCACGGAAUACGCAACCAGAAGAAGCAGCAGCGCAAAUGCUGCCGAGACCAAAGUGCACCAGUGAAAGUUCCACGCCAAAGUCCGGUGGGAGAGUUCCAGUUCCAGGGUCCGUUCGGCCCGCGGAACCAAAGGGACCACCGCCAGUCAAGACAAGAGGAAGUCGGGAGCGUGGAAGGUCACUGGAAAGAGCCCCGAAGUCACCUAGGACUUCGGGCAAGGAGCCCAAGAAGCACGAAGAGGAAAGGAAUAGAGAGAAAGCGAGCGGAAGCGAGGACCCCAAGAAGCACGAAGAGGAAAGGAAUAAAGAGAAAGCGAGCGGAAGCGAGGAAACCAAAGGAAGCAGAUACAAGCCAAAGAAGAAGCUGACGCUCAGAGUGAUGCGAGAACUAAAGUCGAAGGAAGAUUGGGCGAAAAUGAACUACAGCCAACGCAGAGAGCACCAAGAGAGAAUCCGUCACCUACUGCCGCCUGGAACCGUUGGACAACAGAUCCUUAAGAAGCAAGGAAGUGCGUGCAGCACGUGUCGGAGCAGAAGAAGAAAGACUCGGAAAGCUGUGCAAGAAUACCUUGCGAGGAAAAGGAAAGAAUACGAGAGCCUCAAGAAGCCGCCGCCAGUUGGACUCGCGAGAAGUUUGCUGCGUAGAGAAGGUAUGCUGAAGCCACCGGGAGAAAGAAAGGGACCCAGCAAGAAAGGACCCAAGGAAGAGAAAGAAGCUUCGGAAGAAUCCGAAGGGAAGAGUGUGGAGCCCCCGAGCAGCGGCCAGGAAGAAUGGUCGGAGGAAGAGGAGCCCAAGGAAAGCGACGAGACCGUGGAGGUCAACGAAGAAGAGGAGGAGCAAGGACCUCCCGGAAGAAGGAAGCCAACAAGCCACUCGGGCGUUUCGCCCGCUGGAGGCUUUGAGCUAGAAGUAGAAGAGCUCCAGCCGGAACGUCGGCCGAAGGAGCCAAGCGAGAAAGACAAGGCCCGCGCUAGGGAAGAGCACGCAGCAAGGAUGCGAGCUCUGCAAGGUCAACAGCUUGCGCCAGCGGAAGCAAAGCCUAAGGCUGAAGCAAAGGCUAUUGCGAAAGCGAGUGACGCGACAGCAAACGCCACGUCGAUGUCUUCGUCGGCGGCGAUGCAGAACAUGCUGCAGGGCAGCCUGUUAGGAAGUCUUACGCAAGAUCGGGGCCGCCUGCUGAAAAGGCUCGAGGAGUUCAAGAAAGAAGAAAUGAGCGAGGACGACUUUGAGGAAAAGUCGCAGAUCGAGGCCGAGCUGGAAAGCAUCCUCGAACAGAUCGCAAAGUUGAAAGAACGCGGAUUGGCCAGGCCUGCGCCCAAAGCAGCAGAACGACUGGACCAGUCAGUGCACGAUGCGAGAUAUCGUGCGGCCAUCGCAAAAGGGAUGUCACACGCAAAGGCGUGGAAGGAAGAGAAAGGAAGAAGGCGAGCUGCGCAGCAGCGCCAACAAGGAGAAAAGCAUCGCGCCACGCUCAACGUGGAGAUGCAAGAGGCCUGGGCAAAGCACUUUAGCACAGUGCCCGGGCGCAAAGAAGACAAGGUGCAAGUCGAUGCCGUCGAGACCGUGACCGUCGACAGCAGCGGCAAGGAGAUCGACCCAAGCACAGUCCGGAGUUCGGUCGCGGUGCCGCUGACGAGAAAGGAGAGAACAUACUACCGCCAGGAGUACGAAGAAGAGCUGAAGCCAAGAAAGGAAAAGGUGGAAAAGCCGCCUGACCCGGAGAGACGGCGGAGAAAGCCACCGAGAGAUCCCGAUGAACCUCGGGACCCUCCAGAAGGAGAAGCACUUGUGGCGUCGGUCGAGACGACUAUGGCCACGAACGCCGUUUCGGCGUCCGGAGGCCGUGGUUCGCAACGCGGCCAGGAACGCGUCGAAGUGAACUUCGACAGCGGAGCCGCUGUGACGGUAGUGCCACUGAAGUUUGGCAACGGAAACGAGAAGCCCAGAGAAGAAAUGAAGUUCAAGACAGCGAGCGGUGAAAACAUCGCAGACCAUGGACCCAUCAAGUUGAAGGGCACCACGUCGACCGGGAACAAUGCAACACUGCAUGGUCGUCUGGCGGACGUCCAUCGUGUUCUUGGUUCGGCUUCGGAUAUUUGCAGGACUCACCACGCCGUCCUCGGAGACAAUGGUGGGUAUCUUAUCCCGAAGCAAAAUGCGUUUGGCAAGGAGUUCAACAUGAUGAUGCGAAAGCUGGUGAGAAAAUACCGCGACGACCCCCGCAGCGCUACCAGACUCCACGUUUCACCUAGUGACCUGGAGGCUCCGCCGGUUGGCGAAAACCAGGGGCCCGGAGAAGUACCAACCUUGCACGCCGACUACUUCUUCCUAGGCAGCGACGGAGAACGAGAGGACAUCAUGCCGCACCUAGUGGUGCGAUGCGACAGAACCAGAAGGACAUGGGCAACCUCGUUGCCGCAGAAAGGAGUCCAUCCUUUCAACACAAACUGGUUUUGUUCCAUAGUGCGUGAAGCAGGAUGGAAACGCAUGAUACUCUUUUCAGAUGGCGAACCAGCGCUUGUUGCACUAAAGCAAGCCGUGGUCGAAAACAUGAGGGACGUUGAGAUCACUUUGAAGGAAUCGCCUACGUCUGUCAACGAAGAGAACGCGCCGAGCAAUGGCUAUGCUGAAUGUGCGGUUCGAGAGGUAAAGAGAAUGAUCCGAGCUACGCUGUCGGACUUGGAAAGCAAGCUACAGCUCAAGAUCGACCCGAACCACAGCAUACUUCCGUGGAUAGCGAGGCACGCAGCGUUCCUGUUGACAAGGUUUCGAACAGGUGACGACGGCAAGAGCGCCUACCAAAGAGCCGUGGGAAGAGAAUGGAGAAGGCCCACCGUGGUGUUUGGCGAGCAGAUCUUGUUCAAGCCUGUGGGUGCUUUGGGCAAGAAAAGAAGCUCACCGUUGGAACCGCGAGUAGCAAUGGGACGAUAUGUGGGGACAGCGAGUAGGAACGCGGACCUCCUCGUGAUGACACCCACUGGAGUCGUCAAAGGACAUUCUCUCCAUAGGCGAGCCGAAGAAGACCGAUGGUCGAAGGAAGGAUUCGACCAGCUGAGAGGUCUACCAUGGAAAUGGACCAAUCCAGUCGAACGUGCGCCACCGAACCGAGUGGACAUGCCGGAACUUGUGGGAGAACAGCCAAAGCCUGAUCCGAAAGAGUUUAGAGCGAGAAGCCUCUAUGUACUCAAGUCGGACUUGGCGAAGUAUGGCUACACCACACUAUGCCCCGGCUGCGAAGCACAGAUGUUGGAUUUGCCACAGCGAAGCCACAACGAGGAAUGUCGAUUUCGCAUUCAGAGACACCUGAUGGAAACCGAAGAAGGAAAACAGAGAGUUCAAAGGGCGAUAGAACGAAUGGACAAAGACUAUUCCGCCAAGAACAAGAAGAAAAGAAAGGCUCAAGAAGAACCCGCGUUGGAAGGUCAACCUGCAGAAGGAGAGGUUGCAGCUGAAGAAGCUGCAGGAGCACCAUUGGAACGUCCAAGCCAAAUGCAGGUGGACAACCCAAGUCGAGGGUCUCGAAAGCGAGAAGCGGAAAGACAUGUCGAAGAUCUUUAUCAUGAAGAACAAGAAACAGAUGAGCCCGAAAUUGUCAGAGCAAACAUUCAAGGUGGAAGUUCAGGAUCUGGUGGAGAACACACGGACCUGUCGUACAAGCAGGUGAAAGAUCCAGAGCAGUUGGACGAUGUGAGCUACCUGGAACAUGAAUUCCACUCACGAGGCAUGCGAUGCACAAGAAAGGAAGCAGAAGUGAUAUCCAACCUGGUUGGUUCACUAGGUGUGGAUGUCAAAGCAUCUGUUCCUUUGAAUGAAGGACUGUGCCUAAGUGUGGAAGACAAGGGCUGGCGACUUCAGAAGCAAGAUGAAGUUGAAGCCUUGUUCAGAAAGCUCGAAGAAGAGAAGCCAACGCUCGUGGUGGGACUACCGCCCGAUGGACCAUUUGCGGGAGUCCAACGAAGCUACAAUUCUCUUCAGAAGGUGAGCAAAGAGAAAGAAAAGUCAGUGCUGGAAGUUGGAAGGAAGCAGGUGAGAACCUGCGUCGAAGCAUACAAGUUCCAACUAGGGCAGCAAAAGUACUACCUCCAAGAGUGCCCCAAGGGUGCAAAAUCUUGGGAGCACACUCAGUACCAACAACUGAGUGAGGAGUCCUAUGUGGUCGAAGGUCCAAUUUGCAGAUGGACCGUGAACAAAAGCGGUGGAAACUUGGAAGGAAGUUCUUUCAAGAAAAGAACGAGAUGGAUCACCAACUCUGCCGCGCUAGCAGCAGCACUGCGAAAGACAUGUGCUCGAACAGGACAAGAAAGAGUCUGGAAGAGAGAACUUGCGUUCGAGGAGGGGAAAGUUGCAGCAAGACUGUGUUACCCUCCGAAACUCGUGCAAGCCAUUGCCAAAGGCAUCAAAGCACAACUAGUGCUUGAUGGUGAACUCAAAGAGCUUGGUUCAGUUGGAGGACCUGACCCUCAUGAAGAACCGAACUUCGAAGAACAUCAUUACGAGACGUUGCCUAAGGCAGAUGAGCUCUACGUCAAAGAACCGGUCAUCGAUGCAAAUACAGGUGCAGAACUCGAUCCAAAGAAGGUAGCGAAGGCACGAUUGACAGAACUCGAAUGGGUGAAGAAACAGAACGUCUAUACCAAAGUGGACGAAGCGACUUGCUGGCAAGAAACCGGAAGACCACCCAUCACGUUGAAGUGGGUAGACAGAAACAAGGGAGACAAUGUGAACGAGAACUACAGAAGCCGACUUGUAGUUCGAGAAGUCAAGUCUCAAGGGCAAGCAGCCUUGUUACCUGAACAUGCGUUGUUCAGCAGUAUGCCGCCACUUGAGGCAGUGAAGCUUCUGUGUUCACUCAUGACCACUCUACGCGUUUCGCGAAGAGGAGGCAAGCUGUCCUUGCGGUUGAUAGACAUCAGCCGUGCCCAUUUCUAUGGUCGUGCAACUCGUAGAAUCUUUGUGACACUUCCAGAAGGAGAUGAAUCUCCGGGAAAGUGCGGACUUCUACUCAAGACCAUGUAUGGAACCCGUGACGCAUCAAGUACUUGGCAAAGAGACUACAGCGAACUUAUGGCAAAGCACGAUUUCCGCGCUGGAAAGGCGUGGCCAUGCAUCUUCUACAACGAGAAGGAAGAUGUCAGACUUCUGGUGCAUGGUGACGACUUCUUUUGUUUGGCAGAUGACGAAGGCCAUGCGUAUCUAGACAAAGCUCUGAGCGAACGGUAUGAGUAUCGAUGUGACGGACAUAUCGGACCAACACAUGGAGACCAGAUGGUCGUGUUAAACCGUCUGAUCUGCUAUGACAAGGAGACCGGCAAGGUUACCUAUGAAGCAGAUCCCCGUCAUGUGGAAGCUCUAGUCAGAGAGCUUGGUUUGGAAAAGGCCAAGGCUGUAAGGACACCUGCGGAAAAGAAGAAACAGGGAGAAGUAAUGAAGACCCUAGAGAUGCCACCAAUGAACGACGCGAUGCAGCGAAGCUAUCGCUCAAUAACUAUGCGAGCCGCGUUUUUGGCACAGGAUCGGCCAGAUAUCGCGGAAGCCACAAAGAGCCUGGCCAGGCACAUGAAGGCACCUCAUGAAGCUGCCUGGUCGGACUUGAAGAGGCUUGGAAGAUACCUGAGUGGAAAGCCAAGAUUGGUAUACGAGUACCAUCCUCAACGAUUCCAAAAGGACCUGACCGUGUACUGUGAUUCAGACCACGCUGGUUGUCUCAUCGCGCGGAGGUCCACAACGGGAAUUGUGACCAUGUAUGGCUCACACUGUAUCAAGCAUAGUUCCAACGUGCAGACAACCGUGAGUCUGUCGUCUGGAGAAAGUGAAUUCUACGCGAUAGUGAAAGCCAGUGCAGUUGGACUGAGCCAACAGGCCCUACUGCACGAUUGGGGUAUCCAAGUGAACCUACGGAUCCUCAGCGACAGCAUCGCCACGGAAAAGAACCUGUCGGAUCUGUGUACGAAACCACUGCCCGAGAUUGCCGUUGAAAAGCACUUGAAGACCAUGGGUCUGAAGCACUACGAGAAAAGAGCUGAAGGAGGAAAGCAACUGGUGUGA